AUGCCCGCCCCCUCCGACAUCAACGCCAACGGCGGCUUCCUGUCGUACGGGAACAUGGAGAGCUACGCGAUGUGGGUGGCGACCGGUGUGGCGUCGGCCUUCUUCGCAUCCCUCGAGCGCUGCUCCUGCAUCCACCUCCACACCGUGGAGGACGACGCCGACGAGGAGGAGGAGGACCUCGAGGAGGCCCGCCGCUCCUUCUCCCGCCCGAUCUCUGAGUACUACUACGACCGGUGCGGCUCCUCCGCCUCCGUCGCCAAGAUGUGACCUGACCGGACCGCGCCUCCCUCUG